UUGUUAUUGAAAAAAACGACAUAUAAAAAUUUAACAGCAACUAACUAAAGUUACAAAUUUAAAGUGAAUUUUAAAAUAAAACUAAAAGAAUUAUUAAUAAUAAAUAUAAAGAAAGAUUAUAUCAAUCAACAUGAUCAAUUCAAAUAAUCAAACAAAUAUGGAAAAUGAUAAUGGUGCUGCAGGCAACAAUUUUGAUGACAGUACACUCCAACAAAACACAAUGGGAUCUAAUAGACCUCCAAUAGAACCUUAUGAAACCGAAGGUGUUCGUUAUGGCAAAUGCAAAUGGUUUAAUGUGGCCAAAGGUUGGGGUUUUAUAACACCCAAUGAUGGUGGUCAGGAAGUAUUUGUACACCAAAGUGUCAUACAAAUGACUGGUUUUCGUUCAUUGGGAGAACAAGAAGAUGUGGAAUUUGAAUGUCAUUUAACAGAGAGAGGUUUAGAGGCUACACGAGUAUCGGGAAGUCAUGGUUCCGAUUGUCAUGGCAGUACCUUUCGACCGCGUACCAAAAAACGUUAUCGUCGUGUACGCUGUUAUAAUUGUGGUGAAUUUGCUAAUCAUAUUGCUUCGAAAUGUCAUUUGGGACCACAGCCUAAACGCUGUCAUUUGUGUAAACAAGAUGAUCAUUUAUUUGCCAAUUGUCCCACCAAACAGAAUUCCUCCAACAACUCUCAGCAACAUUCCUCGAAAGAUGAACAUUCCUUUAAUAGUGAAAAUGAAGCAAAUAACCAGCCAGGUGAAGGCAGAUAACAUUAUUUGAUAGAUAAAUUUUAAAGGAUAAUGGAAAUUUAGUACAACUUUUGGCAAUUCUUUUUUUGUGGUCUAAUGCUAAUCUAACAAAAGAAAAAAUGAGGCUAAAUAUACAAAGUACAAUUUAGUUUAUAAUUUUAGUAGAUAUUUAAUAAGACAGUAAAAUGAUUUAUAAUAAUAUAAAUUUUUAAAACUCAGGAUUAAAGUAAAAAAUUACAAAUAUAGUUCCAUAUUAAAUCCACAUACCUCAAUAUUUCCCCAAAACUAAGAUAUUUUUAGUAAAAAGUUUGUAUAUACAUGUAAGAGUUUUGCAAAUAAAUAGUUUUAGUUUUUUAAAUUAUUUUUACUUAAUAAAAGACUUUUCUU